AAAAAAAAUGAUCUCUUCAACAACAAGCAAUGUUGCGAAUAGUAAUAACAAUUUGGCUGAACGAUUGUUGGCCAGUGUAAUUUUGGGUGCUGUUGGUGAUGCUAUUGGAUAUAGAAAUGGUGCUUGGGAAUUUAAUUUUGAUGGUGAAACUAUUCAUGCUGAAUUGAAACAUUAUUAUGGAAGUUUGGCUGGAAUUGAUGUCAAGGGAUGGAGAGUUUCUGAUGAUACUGUAAUGCAUUUGGCAAGUUUGAGAGCAUUGAUUACCUGGAUGAAGCAAGCUAGAAAUGCAGCAAAUAGUGACAAGACAUUGGUUUAUAGUUUUGAUGAAAAUAAUGUUGAAAGUUGUGCCAAGUUUAUGAGCGAUUUUGUUGAUCCAUUAAUGCAAGAAAUGAGUAAGGAAUAUAUUAUCUGUUGGGAUGAUAUGGGAGGAAGAGCUCCAGGUCCAACUUGUGGAAAGGGAGUUAGAUUUUUGGAAUCUCGUGGUGUUGAAAAAUGGAAUCUCUAUCCAUACGAUAAGAGAGGAGGUGGUUGUGGUGGCAGUAUGAGAGCCAUGUCUAUUGGAGCAGCUAUUAGUGGAGUUGAAAGACGUGACAUGCUCAUUGCUUGUAGUGUAGAAUCAGGAAGAUUGACUCACAAUCAUCCAAAUGGGUUCUUGGGAUCAUUGGUCUCUGCCCUUUUCACAGCCUAUGCUAUUGAACAAACUAUCCCAGUUCCACAAUGGGGAGUUUACUUCUUGUACGAUAUCAUGCCAAGAACUAGAACCUACUUGCAAAAGGUUGCUAAAAGAGAUUGGGAAGAAAUGAAGGAAGAAAUUACCAAGUUCGAACAAAAGAUUGCUCAAUAUUUAUCUGAAAGAGGAUUAUUCCUCAGUGAAGAAGAUUUCAAAAAUUCUCAAAAAUUGAAUGCACUCUCUGCUCAAUUCCCAAAGAAGUAUGGAAUUGCUGAAAGAGAUGAAUAUUACAAAAAGUGGUCAUUUGCUGGUUGGGCUGGAGCAUCAGGUGAUGAUUCAUGCAUUAUUGCCUAUGAUGCCUUAUUGUGUGCUGGUCCAAACAAUUAUGAAAAGAUGAUGUUGCACUCUGCCUUGCAUGCAGGUGAUUCUGACAGUACUGGUACUAUUGCUGCAGCUUGGUAUGGAGCUAUCUAUGGAUUCAAUAAUGUUUUCAAGUCUAAUUGGGACAAUAUUGAAAAGAAGAAGGAAAUGACUCAAAUUUCUGAAGAUUUAUUCACUCUUUACUAUUAAAUAAACAAAUUAAUUUAUUC